AACUAUGAGUCACUACAACUUCAAGAAGAUUACUGUGGUCCCCUCCUCCAAGGACUUUGUAGACAUUGUUCUGUCCAAGACUCAGAGGAAAACACCAACUGUUGUUCACAAGCACCUAAAGAUCUCUCGAAUCCGUCAGUUCUAUACUAAGAAAAUCAAAUUCACACAACAAAACUUCCAUGACAAAUUGUCAGCCAUUUUGAGCGAGUUUCCCAAGCUAGACGAUAUCCAUCCUUUUUACGCUGACCUCAUGAAUGUACUCUAUGAUAAAGAUCAUUACAAGCUUGCACUGGGUCAAGUCAACACCGCCAAACACCUCAUCGAUAAUGUCUCAAAGGAUUACGUCCGUCUUGUCAAGUUUGGCGAUUCCCUGUAUCGCUGUAAGCAGCUGAAGAAAGCCGCACUUGGUCGAAUGUGCACAAUUAUGAAAAGACAGAAUCAAAGCCUUCAAUAUCUAGAGCAAGUUCGUCAGCACUUGGCUCGACUGCCCUCAAUUGAUCCGAACACGCGCACACUUCUCGUCUGUGGUUUUCCAAAUGUUGGCAAAUCGAGUUUCAUGAAUAAAAUCACCCGGGCUGAUGUGGAUGUUCAAUCGUACGCUUUCACGACAAAAUCUCUGUUUGUUGGACACAUGGAUUAUCGGUAUCUUCGCUGGCAGGUUGUCGACACUCCAGGGAUUCUUGAUCACUCUCUUGAAGAACGAAACACGAUUGAAAUGCAGGCCAUCACGGCUCUGGCUCAUCUUCGGUCUGCCAUUCUGUAUAUCAUGGAUAUUUCGGAACAGUGUGGUCAAACUAUUGAGCAGCAACUAGAGCUCUUUGAGAACAUCAAGCCACUGUUUGCUGGCAAGCCUCUGAUCGUUGCCCUCAACAAAAUCGAUAUUAUACAACCGGACGAGCUCAGAGACGAUGCUAAAGCCCUCAUAGCAAAACUUGAAACGGAGAAUGUUUUAGUGAUACCCAUGAGUACAGUCACUGAAGAUGGGAUUGUUGAUGUGAAAACAAGAGCUUGUGAUCUUCUGCUGGCACAGAGAGUGGAUAUGAAACUGAAGAGUAAAAAAAUGCCUGAUCUUCUGAAUCGCUUGCACCUGGCCAUACCCAAACCUCGAGAUGCUGUAGAGAGGCCACCUUUCAUUCCACCGGGGGCCAAGCUAAAGACGACUAAAAUGGAAGUCAGUACUACUGAGAAAUCUACUGAGCAAGAACAGUCCGCAAAACGACUUGAACGUGACAUUGAGCUGGAAAUGGGAGAGGACUAUUUCCUCGAUCUGCAGAAACAUUACACGCUCUCAAACGAAGACGAAAAAUACGAUCCAAUUCCUGAGAUUUUCGAAGGCAAGAACAUUUCCGAUUAUAUCGAUGCUGAAAUAUUGGAGAGGCUGGAAGAACUGGAUAAAGAAGAGGAAAUGCGAGAAGCAGCUGGAGUGUAUGAGUCGGAACCAGAGGAUGAGGAAACGCUGAAAAUUCGAGAAACGGCAACCAAAAUUCGCAGGAAGAAAGCGUUCCUUCGAAAGCAAAGUUGGGAGAAGAAGAGUCGUAACUAUCCUGUGAUGCCCCGUACAUCUGUACGCGAGAGUCGGCCCAGACAGAGGGCUGACGGGAUGGACUUGGAGGACGGGGACACUGACAUGGGCCGUGAUGUCUCCACUCUGGCUGGCAAGAAGAGGCCACGGUCUCAGUCUCGGGCUCUGUCUGUAACUGGCUCUAAAGUACACUCGUCCUCGAGACCUCCCAGAGACAAGUCAGGAGUGAGAGAUGCCAGUCAGCAAGCUGAAGCCACGAAGAAAAUCCGUUUGGUUCAAAGGAAUUUCGCUCGUAUGGGCAAGGCAGGAGAGUCUGAUCGUCACAUUCCCACACUGAAGCCCAAGCAUCUGUAUGCAGGCAAACGAAAGCAAGGAAAGACUUCUAGAAGAUAGACUAUAAUUAUACCCACAUGUAUGGACGUUAUUAUAAUUUUUUAGUGUGAUUAUCAUAAUUAAUUAUUCUACAAUUGGUAAAGA